AGUCUCCCUUCAUUCAUUCAGACAUUCUCCUGCUUUUCGUCUGUCAUGGAGUGAUUGACUGCAUGACUUGUGUGAUGAGAUUCAGAGUAAAAUGAAGAGACAGCAACAGUAGUUGAGCUGUUCCCGAAUUACCGUUACAUGCACUAGUAGUAACCGUUGACGCGACGAUGAGCGAAUCAACAGCAGCACCGCACAGCAGUGAGAGUGUGCGAAGGCGGACGGUAAUUGUGAGAGACUUGCCGAGUACCGUUACUUCUUCAGAGGUGGAGUUGUAUUUCCAGAGCAGUCGUUCGGGUGGCGGCGACGUAGACCAAGUGGAGCUGUUUAGCGGUGACUCCGGACAAAGUGCUCGCGUCGUAUUCGCCGACGAGGACGAUGCUGACGAGGUCCUCGAGCAACAGCAACAUUUAAUCCGCAACAGGUCACUCACCGUUGAGCGCCUGGUGCCAAAAACCAUCAGUUCUGCCAAGCAGAUCUCGACUGCAUUGAAGUCGACAUUGCACAAGAAAAUUGCCAAGCUUGGUGACACACAAGCACCUGACUUGGAAAUCAGCAGCUUGAGGGCCGUGAACAUACCAGUGCACCAGUGUACUAGAAACCAUCAGGUACCCAUCUCACAGUCACAUGUGCUGCUUACCGAGCAGCAGAGCCAGCCAGAAACACUUCCAUCAUGCGAACAGCGAGCAAAGACUAAAGCGGUUGAUCAACAAGCGGGAAAUGAAGUAGUUGACGCAAGCUCCAAGGCAAGAGAGGAACAUGCUAAUAAUCAGAUACGCAGAGGACAAGCUGGCAACACUGCACGUAUUCAAGAGCAACCAGAUGAUAGCAGUUCUUAUGAAUCUGUCAGUGACUCGUCCUCAUCAGAUAAAAGUGAUGAUCCAGAGGCAGGUGGAGAAAAUAGUCAGCCCAAGACCGGUCAGGAAAAGAAUGGUGCAAAGAAUAUCAUACACCGUGGAGGAGCAGGAGAAGCACCUGCUGCUGGAGGGAUAUCAACUGUGUGUUCUGGCAGUGCUAGUGCUAAUACUAUACAUGUAUCAGGUGGCGCACAGCCUGCUGCUUUGCCCGCACCGUCCCCAGCUCAUACAGUGCAUGUGCAGUCUGCUGAACUACUGGCCAAGUGUUCAAUACCAGGCGCUCCUCUGGUGUUUUCCAACGUAGCGGCGCUGAGUUCUCCUGGGCCAAAGUCAGUGCAGAACACCGGCAGAAUGGGAGCAGGGCAAGAGGGGCAUUCAGCGAAGCUUUACCCGACGUCACUGGCUGCAUGUGUGAGGACCUGCUCAUUGCAGAGUAUGGCAGAAAACAUUCCUUGCGCCAAGACCGAUAACAGGACAAGUUCAGCGCUUCAUCGCAGAAGCAGAGGUACUUGCUCAGAGGAAGCACAUGCUAUCGCAGCCGUGGUCCCGCCAAAAGCCUCUCAUCAAAACAUUGUUCAGAGUGACAAGAAACAAGAUACUCCGCGUAAUGUGGCCACUCCUUCCCCAACCCAGAAACGGCAAGCUAGAAGCCCGUUGUCUGGAGAUGGAAACUGUGCAAGCGGGUGCGGAUCAAGCAAACGCCUCUUCCUGAAUGCCUGUUCAGAACAAAGGGCGAAAAGUUGUUCCGCAAGUGAUCAAGCUUUCUUUGCAGGUGAUGAGGUUGAUGGAACCAUGCGCAGGGAGGAUGCUGGUUGUGGCAUUGCCGAAGCCGGAGCCGAUCAAAUCGGCAGGAAGGUUAUAGUGUCCUGUGACCUGGCUAAACUGGAGCUUAGCUCCAUUUUACUGUAUUACUUUGACAGCAGACGUGGCUCUGGAGGUGGUGGUGUGGAGCAGAUCGAGCCCGUCACUAGCAACCAGUUUGCUGUGUUGUUUUAUGAAUGUGAAGCUGCUGAACGGGCCUGCUUGCGAUCGCACACUCUUUUGGGGACUGAACUGUCCGUCACCAUGGCUGUUCCAUUGCAGCAACCAAUGCCGAGACGUAUUCUAGUUUCCUGCUUGCCAAGAGAAUGUCACCAGGAAAUUGUAGAGCUCUAUUUCGACAGCAAGAAGCGAUCGGGUGGUGACGGGGUGGUUAAAGUGGAGAUGUACGAUGGCUCGCACCAAGCCAUUGUGACGUUUGAAAGCCCCGAUGCUGUUCAGUCCGUGACCUGCCGUGCACAUUCUAUCCGGGACCAAGCUGUCACUGUCCAGAGAGAGCGGAGUCCACUGCAACGCAAAGCAUGCCUGGACGUGUCUGGCAUCCCUAGCGAGGUCGGCUAUGAUGAGCUGGAAAUGUACUUUGAGAGCAAGAAACGCUCCGGCGGUGGUGACGUAUCUAAACUGGAGUACAGACCUGGCACUGGAAUAGCCUCCAUCCAGUACUCAACCCCUGGUGCUGCAGAUCGUGUGGCAAUGCGAAUGCACACGCUCCGUGGCACAAGUGUCGACGUUAGUCUUGCCGACCAUCGGGACCAUUCACUGUGGGAGGCUGCAAAGGUCUUUGACAAAAAGAAGAUCUUGCUGAUGGGUGUUCCAGCAGGGAUUAGCACUGAUCUCGUUCAGCUCUACCUGAAAGCUGUCCUGCCGAGCACGGAUGGCGUCAAAGUGGAAGUGUACCCAAAGAACUGUCGGGCACUGCUUACGUUUUCAGAGCCCAUUGACUUUAGAAAGCUGUCAUCGUGCAUUGUUAGGACUCCUCUGAAGGACGUUCAGCUGACAGUCCGCCAGGUUCAGUUGCCAUGUGUUGUACGUCUGAAAGGCAGCCUUGAGUCACUAAGCAUCAGCUCUCUUCAGCUUAAGACAUACUUAAAUUCACAAUCAGCUGGCUCCGCGAACUUACACAAACGUUCAGCUGGUGUUACGGACGUGGAGUUUUCAACAUCUCAGAAUGCUUGUGAUGUUGUAUCUCGCCAACAUUGUAUUGGUGGCCAUUCUCUGGAGUUUUCCCUGGUCAUGGCCGGAGUGGAUUAUCCUGCCGAAGGAGAUGACGCUGAUAGUUUUGUGUACUUGUCAUCAGCUCCUAACAGUCAGCAACUUGUGAUAGCCAUGGACAAAGAAUAUCUGCUGCUUUCAGAGAAGUGUGAAUCGGUAUGUGGAUUGCUUCCGCAGUGUCUUUAGUAGAGGAUCCGUAUGCCAUCAUUGUCUCUACGUUGAUCCUUGUGAGGAAAACCAACCCACUGCACAAGUUAGCUUGUUAGGGUGGAGUGAUGCUACAGAUGAGCUUGUCCAGCUCAAGUCCCAGCUGGAGUGUUUGUACAGUGCCAUGUGUCCUCUCGCUGGAGCCGUUUUUUCAGUGUGAAAUGGAAGCAGCUUAUUGCUGGCGCGUCCGACAACUUACUCGUUCGCAUUCAGACUGGGCCAACAACGGAACAUAGAACGUUCGCCCAGGAUUGCACCAUGGUCGUCCCAGAUACCGAACAACAAUGAAUACCAAUUUGAACUGCAAGUGUCAGCAUGGAGAUUGGACAUGCCUGUCAAUGCUAUAUGAAGGAUGAAUCGCAUUUGGUUGCUAACCGAGGGAAGUUUCUGUGAGCUGGAACCUGACUUUGAAACAAUGAGACAGAAGUCUGAUGACAGUAACAGUACAUACUACUCUCUCAAGAUAGUGGAGUUUUCACAAAGAGGUGAGUUACUUCAUGAUAUUUAUUUAUUUAUUUUGCACCUCGUAGCAUAUCAAGACAGCCUAUUGAAUUUCAAAGAGAUGUACAUGCCACCAAUGUGUCACACGUCUUCUUCCAACCAACGUGGUAUAGAACAGUGGAAUUUGUCCACGGUGGAGGGUAAGCACACCACCAUCAUUAUCCGGCACCACCAUCAUUAUCACCACCACCAUGACCACCACCAUGACUAGCAGCAGCACCAGCACCAGCAAUACCUUUGCACUAACCUAUGCAUAUUGUAACUUCUGUGUACAAAGUCAUGUACCACCUCUACCUUGAUAGCCAUCUCCCUUAGGCCGCGGUCACACCGAGCUCGAUUCAGCCAUUCAGCCGAAAAAAGCGCUUGUUUACGUCA